AUGGCCUGGGCCCACAGCCAGAACCUCUCCACACAGGGACCCUUCAUCCUGCUGGGCUUCCCUGGCCCCCGCAGCCUGCAGACUGGGCUCUUCCUGCUCUUCCUGGUCAUGUACCUGCUCACGGUGGCCGGGAAUGUGGCCAUCAUCUCCCUGGUGGGGGCACACCGGCGCCUGCAGACACCCAUGUACUUCUUCCUCUGCAACCUGUCCUUCCUGGAGGUCUGGUUCACCACGGCCUGUGUGCCCAAGGCCCUGGCCACCUUCAGCUCGCAGAGCAGAACCAUCUCCUUUGCGGGCUGCGCCUUGCAGAUGUACUUUGUCUUCUCUCUGGGCUGCACCGAGUACUUCCUGCUGGCUGCCAUGGCCUACGACCGCUACCUGGCCAUCUGUCUGCCGCUGCGCUACAGCAGUCUCAUGACCCCUGGCCUCUGCGCCCGGCUGGCCCUGGGCUCCUGGUUCUGUGGCUUCUCUGCCAUCACGGUGCCUGCGGCCCUCAUCGUCCGCCUGUCUUUCUGUGGCUCCCGGGUCAUCAACCACUUCUUCUGCGACAUCGCGCCCUGGAUCGUGUUGUCCUGCUCGGACACGCGAGCUGUGGAGCUGACGUCCUUUGGCAUCGCCUUCUGCGUCAUCCUGGGCUCCUGCUUCGUCACGCUGGUCUCCUACGCCUACAUCAUCGCCACCAUCGUCCGCAUCCCCUCGGCGGGGGGCCGGCGCCGGGCCUUCUCCACCUGCUCCUCUCACCUAACGGUCGUGCUCAUCUGGUACGGCUCCACCAUCUUCCUGCACGUGCGCACCUCCGUGGAGAGCUCCUUGGACCUGACCAAGGCCGUCACGGUGCUCAACACCAUCGUCACGCCUGUGCUGAACCCCUUCAUCUACACGCUUCGGAACCAGGACGUGAAGCAGGCCCUGGGGAGGUGUGUGCGGGGGAAGUAA